ACGAGAAUUGCAUCUUAAUAAAAAAAAAUAUGUUGUGAGUGUAUUAAUAGUUGGAUUUGUGGAGCAUCGGGCGCCUGUGUUAUUAUAGCGAAGAAAUAUAGGAUAGGACGCGGAUCUAUCUGUAGUUGGCCGAAAUUAUCGCGAGUCGACGCCGCGCGCGCAACGCUGGCGAGUCGCGCGCGCAGCCACGGGGCGACGCGCACGCGAAGCUUCCCAAUUAUUUGUUUGUGUUUUUCGUUGUGAUAUAAUACGGACGUAUACUAUUAUAACAUACAUUGCAACAGUGUUACAUUAAUUUUCAUGCAGUAUUUACAAAGUCUCAAAAAUAUUCUAGAUAUUUGCGAAAUAGAUGGGACGAAAAUACGAUAUUACGUGUGGCCGUAGUGUUAGUUUUAAAGCAAUAUUUUAGUCUAAUUAAGAGACUAACGAUGCUCAAAGACUGGAAAUAGUGAACGCAGUGGAAGUUUUCGUAACUAUAAAUUAAUAAUACUAUGAUAUGAGUGUGUAUUUUAUAGUUAUGUAGGUGUUAGUGUGUGUAAUAUUGUGUUAAACAUACGGUAGGAUCGUGGUGCCAAAAGUACGCCAGUGGGUGUGAAUAUUUGUAAAUGUUCUUUAAAUAAGUGUUUAUAUUACGAUAAAUAUGGUCGCCAUGCUGGAAGUUGCUGAGAGGAGAAACAAUGAAUAUUUUCGAUCGUUCUUACCUGCUGUCAACUCCCCACCGGUCCCUCACCGAGACAUAUCGGCACCCACGGUGACGUACCGUCCCUACACAGAAGAAUAUGCCACCGUCCAACGCCGCGUCGAACGUCCCGCACAACCAGAAGAAACAGAAAGAAAGAAAGACAAGAAAUGGUCCAUUGGGAAACUCUUUAGAAGAAAGAAAAAAGAAGAUGAAAGUGGUUCCUCUUCGGAAAGCGAUGAAGGAGUUAGCACGCGUUCCCCAUCUAAGAGAAAGUCUAAAAAGAAGAAAAAAGCUCCAGCCGUCAACAAUUUUGAUCAUAUAGUAAUAAGAGAUUCGAGAAGAGCACAAAGUUUAGCUAAACCGAACGUUCGAGAUGUUACCGACGAUGGCGUGCUAUCUGAUCCAUCUGCUGGCUUUAUUAACUAUCGUGCUAAAACUCAAGACAUGUACAGAGCUUCCAAAGAAUCCCUCAGUUUAAGAGAGGAUAAUUCUAACAGAUCCUCUGGACCAUCUCUGGAAUCACAUUCAAGAAAAACCAGAAAAGGCAGAUUGAAAGCCAGAGUUGAAGCAUUAAGAAAUAGUAUGAAAGGAGAGUCAAGUAGUGAAGAAGAAUCACUCAAAUCAUCAAAUUCAUCAUUGAUGAUCCGAUUUAGAAGUGAAGAUUCGUUAAUGCGUUCGCGUGAUAGCUCACUAAAUAAACGGUCAAGAAGUGCUAGAAAUGAGAGAUAUAUCAAGAGAUUAUCUCGUGACGAAGAAAACCAACUUAAUAAAGAAGCCGAGUUGUUACAGCAAGGUUACACAAAAGCUGAGGUUGAAAUGUUGACGAGGACACCGACAAGCCAAAGCAGUGGCUACGGAACCUGCAAACGUGAUCAGACACAGAACGUGAAAACAGAACAAUUAUACGCUAAUGAUGUUAACCGCCGUCCUAUGAAAUCCGAAUCAAUAUCAUCAUUCCCUUCAACUCAAAGUUAUCCGUCAUCCAUCAAUUUUAACGCAAAAGUUAACAAUGAGCAUAUUAACUAUUCCAUACCAACAAGUAACAUUAAUAGAGAAAUGCUUUAUUCUAAUAACAACCGCGAAAGAAGUGUAAGUAAUCAGUACGAGAACGCGGAUAACGUCAUGUGUGUUAAGUUUCCAUUGGGAAAUGUAACGAACGUUAAAAGAGAAGAAAAAGCACCGCCUGUUCCACCUCCACGAGAUAUGCAACGAAAAGUCGCAACUCCUAUAUCCAUGUACUAUGAAAAUAAUCCCAUAAUAGCUGAAAGGAUAGCCAAUUCGCAACAGACUGUUCAGUUACAUGGCGUACCCAACAACGAUUUCGAACGUGUUAUGCGGAGAAGUCAAGAAAGGUCGCUGAGUCACAGUUUCAAUGGAUUGCGAAGACCUAUAUCAAAUUCUGAGGAUCAUAUUGCUAUGCAAAACAAUGAGUAUAUACAAAACUUCCAAAUUAGAAACGAACAGCCCCGAAGGCCAGCUUCAGUAUCAGCUGAACCAAAUCAUUACGGCCUCUAUGCCAACUCACCGCCUUGGAGAAAGUCCAUAGGUCCCACAAAUAUUGUGAAGCCCGAACCAGUGCAACUAAGACAUGAUUAUCUGUAUUAUGCGGAUCAAAGUCCUCGGUCUCGAAGGCCCAUUAGCGUAAAAACUAGUCAAAAUGGUCACGAAAAUCAAUAUUUAAGUGACUCUCAAGCUGGCCAAAACAUUGCUGAAAGUGUAUAUCGACGACCACGCAACGCGUCUGACUUUUGGAAAAAAAUUGAUGACGCAGAAAGACAAAGACGGCAGCAAAAUAUGUACGCGAACUCAAGGAGCAGCAGUGACUUCUCAAAUAGCACACAAAAUAGAGUAGCUCCGUAUUUAGAACAAAAUAAAGUGGGCCAAGAAAAUACUGACAUUCAAAAUAAAAACAAAACACCGUUUAAAAGCUCUUCUGUUGACACAACCGACGGUGCCAAAGUUUGGAAGGCGACAACAGAGUACAAGCGAUCCAUAACAGUUGACCCACCAAAAACAGUUACAUCGCCGACAUCGAAAACACACGUUAGACAUAAAUCUGAUACGUAUGUUCCCAGUGUUUACCAAAUGCCAUCUGAUGACGAAAAGAGUUCAGAGAGACGAAAAUCUACCAAUCUUGACGAUGCUCUCAAUGAAUUAGAAGCCAUCUACAAUAGUUUAGGUUUAGGUGACGAAGAUUUAUUAGAUAGAGCUGAACGUCGCGAAUUAAUGACGCCGAAGUUCAACGACCAAUUUAAUGAUUGGAAUGGAAAUGAUGACGAGAUACAACUGCGAAGUCAGCCAACGACGCCUUUGAGACGAGUGCAAAGAAGGUCGACAUUACCUGACAAGUUGCAAGAUGAUAUGGCAUUUCGAAGAAUGAAUUCCUUAACAAAGGAAAAACCUAAUUAUAAAGAAGCACAGGCGCAAAUAAGUUACAUGUUAGCGUCACCUGUUUAUGUGCCGUAUGCGUCCGAUGAUGACAGGCAAUCCGAACGAAACGAGCCAGAUAUAGUUUAUGACGACGUUGUUUACAGAAAUAUAAAGCAGACUAACAGUCGAUUAAAGACUUUAGACCCUCAACCGCCGUUUGGCAUACCUAUAGGACCGGUUUCCCCAGCCCCGCAGAGUGAUUAUCUUCACGCAACACCAGAAAACAAAGGCCGCCCUCGAUUUAUCCCUCGCAGAUCGCCCGACCUCGUCUCAGACGAUUUAGCGUAUCGAAGUUUGAGGAAGGAUAACAGACAUUCUACACACUUUAACGGCGAAGAUUAUAGUGGUCUCAUUAAUAAUAAUCAUUCUUACAGUGAAUAUCCAUAUACUAAAGACUCCGCCGCUAAUCUUAAGAAGAAAAGAGCUGUUCGAUCCCUGUCAGCUAAUAUAUUUACAAUGAUACAGAAGGAAAUUGACGAAGCCUUGAACAUGAGUAAAAUGGCUACUCUACAAAAAACGCACAGUAACAGCGAUGUCAUGAAACGGCUUCGUAACACUUUUGAAAAUAACGACAACGAGCAGGACCACUAUCCUCGUAACAAGGUAAAGCAAAGACACAACACUGUCAGCCUUUUUGUCAAUAAUACCCAUGCACCCACCCAUCAUUUCGCAAAAGACGAUUCAUUCAUUCAUAGUGACGAUAAGCACCUUGCUAAGCCACCAUCAUGUGAUAAGUCCAAAAGCUCAUCACCAUCAAACAGAUCUCCACAAGCAUCGAAACGUUCAUCAAAAGAUGAGUUUCAACAGGUUCUAAGCAUGUUGGCGCAGGAAGCUAUGGAUACCAGUAAUAAAUUAGGAGUAGCGCUAGCUGAAUUAGAUAAAAAUAGAAACAACAACGAGAAGAAAUCUGAUGUCCAGAGCCGAAUUUCUGAUAGCCGGCAAAACUUUUUGAAUGGUUUAACUUGCAAGUCUUCUGAAGAUACUGCACCUGAAAUUAAGCACGUAAAUGUUCGUUCUGAAGUUGUAAGUGAACAAAAAGAUGACAAACCAGUGACAGAGGUUAGUGAAGUCAGUGAAGAUUCUAAAGGAAAAAAGACUGAAGAUAGUCUUUUAGCUAUAUCAGACCAGUUACAUAAAGUUGAAGAUCAGCUAAAACAUAGUUUUGAAAAAGAGCUUAAUUUCCAAGACGAAAGUUUAAAACUUUCAAGCUAUAUAUCAAAAGGCGAAGAACAGUUAAAAGCUCAAGAAACCAUGGUUGUGAUACCAGAAAGUAAGUUAAUACCUGACGUCGUCCCAGUGACUAUUAAAGAUGACUCAGUGAAAAUUGAGACAGUAAACGAUAAAGAAAAUGAAGUGGAAAUCAAACCACCAGUGAUCAAUUCUUUAAAUCCUUUCUUGAAUUCUGAUGAUAAGAUUAAAGAAAUUAAUGAGAUAAACGCUUUUAAAGAGCUAAAAGAUGGAAUAUCGGAUUUAAUUGCUGGUAUUUGUCAAGUAAAUGAAAAAUUAUUCACACAGAAUAAAGGACCAAAACUGGAUAAAUGUAAUAGUGACGUAGACAAAAUGACUGGAAUAACAGAAGCCACUGAAAAACUGAACCAAGUUUCACAAACUAUCUGUAAUCAAGAAGUUCCUCAUAGGGCUUCCGUUAAUCUAUCUAUAUACGAAGACGACUUAGAAACCAAGAAAGAUGCUGCUGAUUCAACCGAAUAUAAUUCCUCUGAAGAACUGGCGACAAUAUUUAAACUGGACAGUAACCCCAAAUCGCGAACUCAUACCGAUAAUGAGAAUGAGUCUGAAAAUAAAAUUCGCAAUGAGUUAAGUUCGCCAAAAUUAGUUCAGACGAUGAAUCAGCAACUGAGAAGGUUGUCUGUAGACCAAACGGAUGAUUGUACUCCUAGUCAAAGCAACUCACUGCCAACGAACGUGGUUCCCUGGAGGACUAAAAGGCAAACUCACCAUUCACAAAAAGAAAAUAGAGGCGAUAGCGCGCAGUCGAAGCGCGAUUGGCACGACUCUGGCACGUUGAUGUUAGCUUGUACCUACACCUUGAUGUUCUCCCAACACCUGGCAGACUUGGACUGGUUGACGCUGCUAGGUGAACAUUGAUUGCCUGCAGUGAUCCACUGGGUGACUUCGUUUAUACACUGCGUAUUUCGACGAUAUUUCUAAGCUAUUUUUAAUUUUUGUCUAAGCUACUUUCUGUAUUUUAUCCUGUACCUAGUUGUAUGACAUUUAAGAUUUACUAUGUUUAUGUAGAGGCUUCCAGAUACAUUUAAUGAGAGCGUUAUUUAUAUGAAGAAAAGAGUUAUAAUUUAAAUAAAAUGUUUCAGUUUUA